AGCGAGGGCACAAUUUGAUCAGAAGAACGCUUUUCAGUCAAAACACGAUGGAAUGGCUAUGCUAUGCCAUUAGUGAAGCAUCAAAAGUAAAGGGAAACUCAGUUAGAAGAUGGAAGUUACAAGACCACUUUACAAAAUUCUUUUGCUCGAGGAACUACAACAAGCAUGGACGAUAUAUUAGUAUCAUUAGCUUGCAAGGCAAGGCUAGAAACAAGAGAAGAUCAACCAUUAUUAUCCCAGAAAUGGCUUUUAACACGGGUUGGACAAACAUUGCAGUUAAGAUCUCAAAUUUCAUUAAAUGCAAGACCCAGAAGGCAGUUACAGUUACACCCAGAAAUACAGAAGAUCUUCCCUACUCAGAAACAAUCAGAAGAAAUAAAUGGACUACUAGAGAAAUGAAUGAAGCCUUUGUUCAGGAAAAAGAUGGUAUCAUCAGCAUCUCAGCACGUUUAUCGGCCCGAAGAUAUUGAACAGGAAAGUGGACGCCACAGUUUCUUGAUAAUUGGAUAUGGAGAUGAAGGCGGUAUACCAUACUACAUUGUGAAGAAUUGUUGGGGUUUUACGUGGGGCCUGAAUGGCUACGCUAGAGUUGCACGGAAUGUGAUUACUAAGUUUGUUACUCCGGGAUUCGUUCGCUGGAUGGAGAAUUAGGUGUCUUGACUUGGCAGAGUGGUGCAAUUAUCAAUGGGGUUGCGUGAGAACAUUCCAAUCUAUGUUUUUUGUAAGCGUUUUAACUAUGAGCAGUGAUCUGACUUUGGUUGCGUGAGAUCAUUCCAAUCUCUGUUUUUUGUAAGCAUUUUAACUACGAGCAGCGGUCUGACUUUGGUUGUGUGAGAACCUCUGUUUUUUGUUAAGUGUUUUAACUAUGAUCAGUGAUCUGCCUUCUUCAUUGAAGUGUCUGGUAACUUUUUACUAUUGCCAAACAGUUUUGGAACAAUCUGUAAUCCAGUUUGUGUUGAGAGCUAUUAGUCGUAAAAGUUUACUCCUA